AUGUUCAAAGCUGCAAUUGUUCUUGGUCUUGCCGCGCAGGCUGUAGCGCUCCCUUUAUUCCCGGCCAGGAUCCCCAACGGCAACAAAGUCGCGAAUGUCGGUGCCCUUGGACACAUCAACCCGGCUGGAGGCGGCCCUCUGAACCCGUUUGGAAUGGCGUUCGAAGACGCCGAAAUGAUGUGGACGUUACAGCUAUGUCAAGCUGAUUCGGACACCGAUGGUGCCACCAACGGCGAAGAACUCGGCGAUCCUUGCUGCACAUGGACAGUUGGAGCCACCUUGACCACGACAACAGCCACCCACCCAGGCAAGGCGGACCCUUUCACCCCCGACCAACUCAGGUCGCUCAAGUGUGUUGUUGGUGGUUCUGGCAACGCAACCAGUGCUACCACCACCUUCAGUCCGUCAGGUACCGCAACCAAUGCUGCCACCACCUCCAGUCCGUCAGGUACUCGGGCCACCCCCUCGGCGACGACCAACACGCCCACUGCGAGCAGUGCUGCGGCAUUGUCCGGCGCCAUGUUGACUGGCGCUGCGGUUGCGAUGGCUAUGGUGACUCAACAAUAG